UUGACACAUAACCAAAACAAAGUUUGACGUUUGUUUAUCGACAUUUUUUUCAAAAAAAGUGAUACUGAUAGUUAUAAAAAUAUUAAUUAAAACAUAGAAGAAUAAAUUUUAAAAUGUAUUUCAUUGAUUUUGAAUCAAAAAAUAAAUUAAAGUCUUGGAAAGUCGCGAAAUUCGUCUAUUAAGAAAUGUUUGAGAGACAUAACCUUAAAGAAAACCGGUACAAUGGGCGAUGAAAAGUGGAAAGAUCUUCAAAAAUACGCUUGUGGAAAUCAUCAUAAAUUGGAGGAGAUAAUAAAAAGAGGUUCUUGUCCAUCGAUACGAGUAAAUUUCGCCCACUUGGCUUUUAGUGAUGAUGAGGAAACGUUAAUAACAGUCGAUUCAAAGGGCACCGUUUACUACGUCGAAUUAGCCUACGAAACUCCUUCUUUUCGAAAACUAGGACACAUUGGCACCUGUACAUUCAUCGCUUUUAAUCCUGUGAAUAAAAAUGAAUUUCUCGUCGGUCACUAUUCGUCGGACGUGAAAGUUUUAAGGUUAGAUUCACUAAAAAAUUUCUGUCUACUCGUCGGUCAUUCGACACUACCAACAAAUAUUUCUUUUUACAAACACUAUUGUCUCACAUCAUCGUCAAAAGAAGCAAUAAUCUGGGAUCUUCGAUGUUACUGUAAAAUUCAUCAAUUAAGACUCAAUAUCGAUCGAGUGACUUUAAAGAAAGCUUCAUUUUCCAGUCAGGGUUUAAUUUCCGUCCUCUAUCCAAACGAUGUUAUCCAAGCCUGGACAUUUCAACACUUUGGCAAUGAAUUUAAAGUGAACACAAAAUCCUUUGGUUUACAGCACGUGAAGGAUUUUGUCUUCACAAACGAUGGACGUGCAAUAAUAAUCGUUGGAGUGCAAAAUAAAAUUCUCAUCUUCAACACUCACGAUUGGACACUUUUGAAAAAUCUCAAUUUUAAAGAUGAAAUAACAGGCGCGAGGCAAAUUGAAAUCGUACCACAACCUCUCGACGGUGGUGCAAAUAGGAUAAUAACAAUUUUAUCAUCCGAUUGUAAUUGUAAAUUUUUCGAUCUAACAACUUCGGAGUUUAUAAAAAAUUGUUGUGGUAUUUUUCAUGGAAUAAAGAGAUUUCGCGUGUCUAGUAGAGGGAAAUUUCUAGCUCACAUCGAUCAAGAUGGAAUAUUAUUUUUGACAAAUUUAGAAAGAAUUGUUAAUUUGAAACGAAAGGAGAAGGAAAAAAAAGGAAAUGAAUUGAAGGAAAGUGGUAAAUUAAGAGCACAUCUUGCCACCGAUCAUUUACAGUGUAUCAAGGAAAGUAUUAAAGAGGAAUUAAAAUUAGAAAGACUGUUACCAAUUCUCAAAGAAUUUGGCGAAUAUCCAGAGAAACAUCGUAUGUUAAUUUGGUCGACAAUUUUACACCUACCAGGAAAUCGUCAAUCUUACGCUUCCUUGGGGAAUAAUAUUCCCGCGAGUGUUAUUGAAGAAUUACUUCAAGAUUAUCCACUCGCUGAUAAAAGUAAAGCUUCCUGUUUAACACUAACUUUGGAAAAAAUUCUUCAAUGGUGUCCAAUUUUGUCGAAUUGCUCGAUACUGCCAGGACUUAUUUUUCCAUUUACAGUCGUCUUUCAAAAAGAUCCAGUUCUUGCUUUCGAGGCAAUUCUCACAAUUUUACUCAACUUUUGUCAAAAAUGGUUCGAGUAUCAUCCACUGCCACCGUUGAAUAUUUUGGGUAUCAUUGAAAAUAUUCUCCUUGAAGCGGAUCCAGGACUAUUGGAAAUUUUCUGCAAACGAAAAAUCACAUCCACUGAAUAUGCAUGGCCUCUUCUUCGAACGACAAUGAGCGAAGUUCUUGCCGCCGAUGAAUGGCUAAUUCUAUGGGAUAAUUUAAUUUCAUUUCGUCAGCCGAGCUUUUUAUUAAUGUGCACGAUUGCCUACAGUAUUUGUGCCCGAGAGACAAUAAUUUCGAGUGUUAAAUCCCCGGAGGAAAUUGAACGUUUUUACACAACACCGGGACAAGUUCGCGUCAAGGAUUUAUUAAAAGUCACUCAUCGCUUGAAUCAACAAAUUUCCCAUCGAUCACAUCCGAAUCGUUAUCUAAGAAAAAAAAUCAUUACACUUUCGCCAAAAGUUUCAUAUCCUCAAUAUCCACAAGAAGAAUAUCCGAAAAUUCUUGUACAUACAGAAACAGUGAGACAAGAGGAAGAUGAUCGAAUUUAUGAUCAGUGUCGAAUUGAAGCGAUGCAAUCAAUCGAAGAAGAGAGAUUGCGCUCUGAAGUAAAGAAAUUUAAUGAAAAUAUCCAUCAAGCGAGACUAAAAGAAGCGGAAAAAUGUUUAAAAAAACAGGUGCGCAAUUCACCAUGGAAAUUGGAGAAAUCUGGGGAGAAUUACCAAAGAGAUUUGAAAUUAAAUAGAAUAGAAUCCCAAGUGGCGGAAAAAUUAUUGAAAUGCAGAUCAGAAGCGAACGUUCAUAAUAAUCGAGAAAAGUGCAAUAAAUUACGUUGUCAAGUGCAACGUCUCGAUUCUGAGAUUCACAACUUAUUGGGAGCCUACAGAUCAAAGAAUUCUAGAAAUUUGUGCAAAAACUCCGAGGGUAAAUUUAAUAGAAAUUUUUAAAAUAUUACAAAUUAGUGUAAUUAAUAUAUUUAUAAAUGGCAUUGAAUGCCAUGAUAAUUAUUAUCCAAAUGAAUAAUAAUUAUACUUCUGAAUAGUAAAAAUUACCAUUAGGAAUAAUUAUAUAAUUAAUUAAUCAAUAAUAAAUUAGUCGAGACUAAUUAAUAGGUAGUAAUUAAUAAGUCAAGAAUAAUGAAUUUACAAUGACUAAUUAGUCAAGAAUAGUUAAUUAAUAUUAAUUAAUUAGUCGAGAAUAAUUAAUUAAUACUAAUUAAUUUGAUCAAGAAUAAUUAAUUAAUAAUAUUUAAUUAGUCAAGAGUAUUAAAUUUAGCAAAAAUUAGAAUAUUUUAAAAAUAGAAAAAUGUAAGAAAACAUUUUCAAUUUUCAACAGAAAAAUGACUGAGACAAAAAUCAAAUGUAAACAAUUUUAGAUAAAAGUAUAAAAAAUGACUUUAUUGUCAAUAGAAAAUGUACAUUCCGUACAGAAUAUUAGAAAAUAUAUACAUUUUUUAAUAGAAAAAAUUUUUUAUUGAAAUGCUUUAUUAUCAAUGAUAAGAAGAUAUCUGCAAUCGAAUUUAAUUUUAUCUAAAUUUAUCAAAAUUUUUGAGGUAUGCAGUGGUAUUUAUUAAUUUUAAUCAUUUUCUCCACUGUUUGAUUACCAAAUAACAGUAAAACUUGAAAGAUAUGAUAUAUAAAAUUUUGAAAAAUUCUAGAAAUAAACUCUCAACAAACUUAAAAAAUUUUCGAAUUCAAGAAAAA